AUGGGGAGUGGUUAUUUUGGGGAGAUGAAUAUGGGGAAUAAUAAUAAUAUUGAAAAGAGGAGAAGUGGGUCGCCGGCAACGGGGGCGGCGGCGGGGACGGGGAGGAGAGGGAGGAAGGGAAGCGGCGGAGAGAAACCGAAGCAGCCGCAGAGAGGGUUGGGAGUUGCUCAGUUAGAGAAGAUCAGAUUGCAUGGCGAAAUGGGCUGUGCUGCUUAUUCCGGUCACUUCUAUCCAAAUCUCUCCGCCGGAGAUGAUAUGAGAAUGCAAACCACAGCUUCUUUUUCCUACUCCUCAACUCAAUCAUCUUCUUCAUCUCCUAAUUUCUAUGCCUUCCACCAAAACUUUAUGGGAAUUGGAGAAUAUGAAAGAGGAAGCUUAAGAUAUGGUGAUUCUCAACCAACAACUUCUUCCUUCAGAUGGGACCCAAGUAAUACAUUCUUGGAGACCCAACAUUUUGGGCAACCAAACAUGACUGGACACCUUUUCAAUCCUCAUGUACAGGAUUCAAUUCACAAGAACAUGAAUACGAAAUAUGGGAGUGAUUCAAUGGGCUCAAGCAGUCAGAAUUCUGAAUCAAGUGAGACUCGAGAGCUAGAUUUGGAGUUGAGAUUGUCAAUCUAA